UAUUUUCACUUAAAAGAAUGGUGUUCGGACAGUUAUUUAUAUAUUUUGCUGUAGUGUGUCAGUAUAAAAUAUCAGUUUACAUUUCCAAACAUUCAUUUUGCCGUUGUCAAACUGCUUGUGCAUUCAAAAUCGCACUAGAUUAUUAUUAAAAUUAAUGGCAAACUGAUAUUUCCUACUGACACACUACAGCAAAAGAUAUAAAUAACUGGCUUAAAACCCUUUUUGGGGAGAAAAUACUAAUUUUUCCAUAAGACUUUUGCACAGUAGUGUAUUUUAAAAAGGACAUUGUUGCUACUUCAUAAAGAAUGAGCAUACAGUAAUUCACAGAACUGAUUUAAGACAGUGACAGACAGCACUCAUCUUAACUAAAUAUCAGAGUGAGUGACAGAGAUACAGUAGAAACAUUAUGUGUGGUUUUGUAUUAAAUAAUGACCCAGAUUGUGAAAUACAUUUAUUAGCCUUAGAUUAAGGGAAGCACAACUUGCACAACAAGCUAUGGAUUUAUUUUAAAUAUUUGUAAUGUUCUUUAAAGUUAUCCAUAGUUUUUUUUGGUUCUUUUUUUUUAAGUAUCGGUUCAGGCACCGUUUAGGAGCCGGUACCGUUUUAAAAGUAUUGAAAAGGCACUGGACCCUACUUAAAACUUAUUAUUUCUCACUGGCUCAUUUACCAAAUGAGUGCUUUUUCUUCGUCCUCCACAAAUUUAAGCUACUGUAGGUAGUUCGGUAGCGAGACGUUUUAAUAAAUUAGCGUUUUCGAUUGACGAUGUGAUUGACAAUGUUGUGAUAAGUAGGCUAUACCAACUUUGUAACUUGUUCCCCCCCGAACACUGGACAUAGCAGCCGUAUGUACCAAAUACAAGAAGCUAUCAAUCAAGAAAGUAUCAGGAUUAUGAUUUCUUCAAUUUCUUUUAGUUUUUGAUUAAUCACAAGUUAUUGAUGACAAGCCUCUGAAGUUUGACUUUUUGCACCAUAACAAUACUUAUUGGCAACUAGUCAUCAUAUCUCUAGUCCUUUAAUGUAUUUGCAUUGUACUAAAGUGCGUUCAUUUUAAAUGGGCACAUAUGCGGCUGAGGAAGACCUGAAGGUCGAAACGUUGCUUGAUUAAAUUCCUCUGGAGCAGUAGUUUUCAGUGUUCAGACUUCACUUCUUUAUUUGUCUAUAUCAUUUAGUUGUCUUGCACCUGCGUCCUAAUUGGAUGUUUGGGAUGUGCACACCAUUUUUGUAUUUUCAUAUAUGCGGCUGAAACAGGAAGCCUAGUGCAUCCCAAAUUUUUCAACAUGAACAUUUUAAUACAACAUUAUAGUCAUUAUGGCCUAUGGCCUUUAGAAAAAUGUUUUUUGAGGCGGUGGGGUAGUACACAAUAGGCCCCUGUGGUGCGGCCUAAGCUUUUGUUCUUAAUGGCAUUUUUUUCCCCCUUACAUUACUUUUACUUUUAUACUUUAAGUAGUUUUUUAAACCAGUACUUUUACACUUUUACUUGAGUAAAAAGCUUGAGUUGAUACUUCAACUUCUACAAAAGUCUUUUUAAACCCUAGUAUCUAUACUUCUACUUGAGUAAUGAAUGCCAGUACUUUUGACACCACUGAUGGUCACUCAUUAGCAUCCUGCAUAGAAACCACUGAUGUAAGACAUGUACAAAUUUGUUUAUGUAAAAAAGUAAAAUAGAAUAAAAUAUUGAAACAUUUCAUUUAAGAAAACACUUACAGAUUAUGGUGUGUGAACCCACUGAAAAGAGUAGUUCACCCCAGAAUGAAAGCUUGCUCACUCUAAUUCUGACGGCACCCAUUCACUGCAGAGGUUCCAUUGGUGAACAAGUGAUGCAGUGCUACAUUUCUACAAAUCUGUUCUGAUGAAGAAACAAACUCGUCUGGGCUGAGGUCAACUAAUUUUCAUUUUUGGGUAAACUAUUCCUUUUGACUAAGUAUAUGAAGAAAACUGGAUUCUGGGAGCUCCUCUUUUACUACCUCCUAAACCCUUAUAAAAUGCCUUAUAGUGCCACAUUAUAAUUAACAUUCCCAAAAGGAAAAAGUCACUGAGCACACAAGAUCGUUGCAAUAAAAGUGAGGGUUGCUAGAUGCCACAGUUUUUUAUUUUGCAGUGUUGUAACCUGAGUUAGACCAGAAACAAUAUGAUUGGUUUUCAAGAGGCCAACCUUAAUGUCCUCCAGCUAUGAAGGUAAAAUAAUAAACAAUGGACUAGGUAGCUAGCUUUAUAAGCGCGAGCGAAUUCCUCAAAGCUGAGAAUGAUUAGUGCUGAAGUUCUUGAAGUGCACAGAGACAAUGGAGUGUAAAUAACCGACUGUUUUAGGAUAUCUAUACACAAAAGAUGGACAGCGAAGAGAUGUAUCCAAAUUCUUAAGCGUGUUAUUUUUGUAAUAUCAUGCUGACAUGAUCUGUCAUGUUUCAGAGCAUCAGUCGCUCCUCUGAACUGUGUGCGCGCGGUCACUAGUGGGUGGUGUCAACACGCGCUAUAAAUAGGCUAUACAUUUUGCCUGACCGUUAAAAAAAGCUUUUUUUUUCUUUUCACUUGAGGCUUUUUCAGAGAUGAAGAAGGGGAUGCUCAGAAGUGGUUUGUGGACUGAAGUGAAAAUGUUUUGGAAGAUAUUUUUAAUUUAGAAACUCGGAUACCGCGUCUGACAACUUGUUCACAUCUCGGUCGCGCGCUCAGUGAGGACUCUGGCAAAAUGGCAAAACGGUUUCCUGCUGCUCUUUUGUUAAUUGUGAGCUUGUUAAACAUUUUCACCGUGGGUGCAUCAUUAUCCCGGACAGGAGACCUGCACUCAUCUCCAGUCUCCUCUGAUGAUCCGAACAGUGUCGUACAUCAGCAGACAGAAGCAGAGCUCAUUUCAGCAUCACGCACCCACACAAGAGCCAAGCGCUGUACUUGCUACUCCUUUAAGGACAGGGAAUGUGUUUAUUACUGUCACCUGGGCAUCAUCUGGAUCAACACCCCACAGCGCACAGUCCCGUAUGGCAUGUCCAGCUACCGCAGCCCUCAGCGACUGAGACGCUCCAGUGGGACAGGAGCGAUGGUGCUUCAUCGCUGCACAUGUGCAGAACACAGUGAUGCCCAGUGCUUCAACUUCUGUGAUGCAAGAACACAGAAUGUGCCAUACAGAAGAUUGAUAGGACGUUCACCUGGGUAAAAACAGGUCACCGCGUGAGCCUCUGAGAUCAGGACUGAUGAUCACCAUCAAACUGGGCACCUAACUAGGUGGUUUUGGAUUUUUACUGACUUGGCUCAAAAUCGCCCCCACAUUCCUCACCGUGUUAUGUUUCCUGGAACGCCCUUGAUUCAUCUGGUCCACGGUAACAAGUGAAUUCUUUAGAAAACUCUUUGCAGAUUUCGGAAGCGUAUCUGGACCCGCGUCUUUGCUUCAAGGGUUAUGUCCACUUGUUUCAGUUUGACUUUAUGUCUAAUAUUCAGUGGGUGUCCUUGAAAUUAGGAGGCUUGUAAAUUGACCUGUAAACUACACUCUGUAUUAUCUCCACCUUGUGGGCUGAUUUUCAGAGAACAUGCACUGAGGCUCCUACACUUUGCUUGAUAGCAGAAAAUGAAACAUUGUAACACCGUUGUUGUGGAGGAACUGAUAGGAGCUCUAAGUCUCCAGAGAAAAAGAUUCCUACAUUAACCGCCGCAAUUUUCAACCUCCUGAAAUCAUCCUCUACAUUUUUGCUCACUCCAACAAAAUGUAUCCCCUCUCCACAACUAGACAUGACAUUUUAUAUACCUAAGAUAGUUUUGAGCUCAAAUGUUAUUAUUCACGCAUGAAGUUAUGUAUAUAUGUAUAUAUGUAUGUGUGUUUGUUUGUGUGUGUGUGUGUGUGUGUGUGUGUUUGUGACCCUGAACCACAAAACCAGUCUUAAGUUUACAUUUUUCAAAAUUGAGAUUUAAACAUCAUAUGAAAACUGAAUAUAUAAGCUUUCUCAUUGAUGUAUGGUUUUUCUUUGGACAAAAAAAAAAAAAAAUCUAAAUAUUGCGAAAAACACCUUUAAUGUUUUCCACAUUUAUUCUUAGCAAUUCAUAUUAUUAAUCAAAAAUUAAGUUUUGAUAUAUUUACAGUAAGACAUUUACAAAAUAUCUUAGUUGAACAUGAUUUUUACUUUAUAUCCUAAUGAUUUUUGGCAUAAAAUAAAAAUCGAUAAUUUUGACCCAUACAAUAUUUUUUUUGGCUAUUGCUACAAAUAUACCCCAUCAACUGGUUUUGUGGUCUACGGUCACAAAUAUGCUAUAUACCAAAUAUGCCAGGUACCAAAACAUAAAAAAAAACUACAUUAAGCACCUUUGGAUAGCUUAUCAGUAAUAAUAAUUUGUUGUAGUUUCACUACGUUUCACUUUGUAAACAAAUAUUUUCAUAUUUAUAAAUGCUUUUGGUCAUUUUACAAUGUUAUUAAUGACAAGCUUGAUUUAUCUUAGCUUUUAAUCUUGCGUUUUACCAGUUCUGUAUCAUCUAAGGUGUUUCCUUAACCAUGUUUAGCUUUCAAACUAACUGCAAGUUGCCUUGGUCAGUUUUCCUUUAAAGAUGUAAAUCAUUGCUGACAAGAUAGUGUUUUGAUAAAAGCUGGCUGCCUAUGAAGCACAAAGACAGUCUUUUAAAACCAGUUCUAUAAGGCUAGAAAACGGGCUGUGAAGAAAAUGUUAGGAAAACUAUUACACCCAUAAUGCACUGGGCUCAAUUUGACUAUUCGUGAUAAUCGAGGGAUACAAAAAUGAGGAAGUACGAUCUGUAGAUCAAAAGUCUACACCCCUAUACAUAUUUUAAAUAUAGGGUUUUUUUCUGCUUUAUUACAAAACCUAAUAUUAUUUCACAGUACAUUAAUUUUAUAGUAUGUUCAUUAUGUUCAUAAAUUACUGUGAGCCAUCCUCAAAUGAAUAGUGUUUGCAGAAACAUGAAUGCUAAUGAAAAUAUUUGGCAGACGUAAAUGUUGUAAAGUACAAAGAAGAUAGAGUUUAUUUCUGUUUAUUGACACAAUAGUCUUUGUGUCAUCUUUUAAUGCCAGCCUAGUUUUUAAGGUAUAUAUGACAUGACAUGAUAACAUAGCAUAUGACCCAGCCUGUAUGUUUAU